AUGGUCCAGCCAGCCACCACACCAGAACAUUGGACAGAGCUCAUCGCCGCCAGAAGGCAGAGGAGGAUUCUCACGGAACAGGUGGCAGCGCUGAAACGUUCAUGCGCAAGCGAGUGUGGCAAGCGACACGUGUCGGAGUGCUCAAAAUGCUGGCCUCUGGUCAUUGACAAGAUGCGCCAGAGAUAUAUCGAGAGUCCAGACCGCGAAUGGUUCACGUCUAGGAAAGCGUUUCACCAGGAGCUGGAGGAACUCUUUGCAGACGCGAAGGAGCACAGGAUAAGCAUCCGGCAGAUUGAGGCGCGAAUAGAGUCUGAAAAGGAAGCGUGGUAUCGAUGGAUCCUGAGGAAGCACGCCGAGUUCCUCGUCACCUGCAACGACGACUAUGUUCACGAUGAGCUGAGGGGCAUGCUGGACGACCCGGACCGGUCGCGCGACGAAGUCGUGGAGAUGAUGUGGCGAGGGAUCGGGAAGCCCCCCGACUGGGCCGAGCGAGUGGACGCCUUUGCAGCCAGGGUUGCUGCCGCGGGAGGGAACCCGGCCGCCCUGAAGAAGCUCUACGUGGACGAGUUCUUCAUGGACAAGGGGACGAGCGAACCUCUGGAAGACUCCAAGCCGUACCUGGACGAGUAUCUCUCCAACGAAAACAUGGGCAUCGAGGAGAUUCUUGGAAAGAUUAUGAAGGAUGCACAAGAGAGCAGAAAUCUGCGGCCGCAGCGAGAUAUGCACACGGCACGGCUGGACGAUCUUCGCAGAGCCAAGAUGGCCGAUGAGUUGAACAAGAAGCAGCAGGCUAAGAGCCAGGCGCAGGCAGCUCAGGAGCGGGUGGCGGGGGAGGAUCUGUACAAUUUACCACCAUGUCUGGUAUGCGGAAAGACGCUGGACACGCACGACGUCUUUUCCUGUCCCGUAUGCCAGGCUGUCACGCAGAUGGGGGGCAAGAAGGAGCUCACGGUAUUUUGCUCCGAGGAGUGCCAUGCAGCUGGAUUCGAUGACCACACCAGCGAGGCACAUGCCUGCGAAAGCGGAGACAAUUGCGUGCUGGAGCGCAGCGAUGGCCAGGUCGACGAUGUGGAAAUGGACGAUGGGACUUCUCAGGAUGGCUUCAUCUGCAGAGAAUGCCUGGGGCUGAAGCGGGUGACGGCGUUUUGCUCAGAACGAUGCGCGUUUGAAAACGUCGUCAACCACUACCAGAGGCAUCACGAGGCCAAGGCAGACGCUGAUGAGGUUUCCAGCCUUGUCCGCCCGAUGCAGGAGACGCUGGAAUCGAUCCUGCGUCGAGAGAAUCCCGGGCUGCACAUGGAGUGGUUGGCAUGA